AUGGCGCCUCUGAAACAAUUGGAGAGGGACAAUCCAAUCAUCGACGCAUGUUUCCGAGAUUUCUGCGCCUCUCAUGGAAUUCUAACAGCGGAGGAUUUCCUUCUUCACGAUCUCUACGAACUUGCUGCAUUUGCUGAACGACUGGCAAAUUCCGAUAGAUUGAAGGAGAGUAUCACUCUCAUGCUUUCUUUGAUAGAACUUCAGUGUCGGCCAUUGUUGAACGGUAUGGAACUGUUGGAGGAUCUACACCGUCAUAAACAUACUCUAUCGACCGGAGACAAAGGGACGGACUCAUUGCUUCAAGGUGGAUUCCGUGAAGGUCAGCUGACAGAACUUGUUGGACCAUCAUCUUCUGGUAAAACACAAUUUUGCAUGCAAGCUGCUGCAAGCGUGGCAGAAAAGCAUGUUGGCAGAGUCUUGUAUUUAGACACGGGGAACUCUUUUUCUCCCCGACGCGUUGCUCAAUUUAUCUGCGCCAGUUCGGAUGCUGCAUUAGUACAGACAAGAAAUGUGUAUGUGCAGGAAGUCCUGAGCAGAAUAUCAUGCCACACGGUCUAUGACAUAUAUACAAUAUUUGAUACGCUGCAAGGUCUAGAGGUUACCUUGAGGUCGCAGGUGCAGAUGAAUGUGAAUAAGUGCCGGUUACGGUUGUUAGUUGUUGAUUCAGUCUCUUCUCUGAUUACCCCAAUCCUUGGAGGCAGUGGCUCACAGGGACGCGCUUUGAUGGUAGCACUUGGAUAUCUGCUUAAGAAGCUGGCACAUGAACAUAACAUUGCUAUACUGGUGACGAACCAUACGGUGGGUGCUGGAGAAGGCGGUAAAACCAAACCGGCGCUUGGGGAAACAUGGAAAAGCAUCCCACACGUGAGACUUAUGCUAUCACGUGACCACAGGAACAGCGACUGCACCAUCUCCAUCUUAAAACACACAUCCUUGUUUCUGUGUGUAUUUGUUUUCUUUUUAGCCUUCAGGCGAGACUGUGAGGACCACAACUCGCAAGGACAAUCAACAAUGAUUGUUCUUGCAUCGUUCGCGAUCUACGCCCAUCUUUUGGAGCAGUGUUUGUUUAACCAGUGA